AUGGCGGUCAAGACGAUUGGUUACAUUGGCCUCGGCAAGGCUGGAGCAUCAAUGGCAUCCAAUCUACCCCGUGCAGGUUUCCAUUUGGUCGUCAGAGAUACUGAUCCUGCCCGUGAGCGUAAAUUUGCCGAAGAGAAUCAAAACACCACGGUUGCACAAGGAGGAGUCGAUGGGUUCAAGGAUUGCGAUGUAGUCAUCACGAUGCUUCCGCAAGGUCGGGUGGUGAGGGAAGUUGUGUUGGGCGAAAAGGGGAUUGCGAAGGGACUGAAACCCGGUACUAUCAUUGUCGACACCUCGUCGUCUUCACCAUUUGACACCCAGACUCUGGGUAAGGAUCUCGAAGCUCUUGGAUUCUUUCUUGUCGAUUCUCCAGUCACGCAGGCGCAUCUUCACGAUACUGACACCGGUGACGCCACACUCAUGCUGGGUUCUAAUUCUCAAGAGGCCGUCGAUAAAGUUCUCCCCGUGUUGCAGGCCAUGGCGAAAUAUGUUUUCCACAUGGGCAAACUCGGGGCCGGCCACGCCAUGAAGACAUUGAACAAUUACAUCAGUGCCGCAUCGAUUGUGGCCUUGUCCGACGCUCUCGUCACUGGACAAAAGUUUGGCCUGGAUCCAAUUCAGAUGAUCGACGUGCUGAAUGUCGGUACGGGGCGAAACUUCUCCACCACCGAUAGUUAUGCCAGUGACGCGCUUCCCAGGAAGUAUGCCUCCGGGUUUCAACUGGCGUUGUUGAUUAAAGAUGUGGGCAUCUCCAAGGAUCUGUUCGAGAGACUCAAUUUCGACACUGACUUGCCGGACCUGAUCUUGAGGUACUUCCAGGACUCGAUGGCCCUGUUAGAGCCGACGGCGGACCACACUAAGCUCCUGAAGGGAUGGGAGAAAAGAGCUGGUCUUGAAUUGAAGACGGGGACCCCAGACGGCUCCACGGUGACCGCGUCGAAGCCAUGA